UAUUUUUAUAUUAUAAAAAGUAAUUGAAAAUUCAGUCAUGGUAUCACGUGACUUUUUUUUUUUUUGUAAACACGUCGAGUUAGCUUGCUCCCUUAGCUAAAGGGGGAAAGUUUUUUUUUUUUAAACGACCAAUGUGCUGAAACAAACUCGUGUUUACCCAGGAUGAAAUGCAGGCAGGUCCGAUGGACGAACCCCCGUCGAUUCUUUGGGGAUUGGACCCGAUUUUUAGUGCUUUCGCGCGGUUGUACAUCAAAGACAUUCUGCAGAUGACAGAGUCAGUGCAGGUACCAGGUAUUUACUUCUACAACAAUCAUCCCAUCUACAAGGUGGAUGUUCUUGGAACGGUGGUGUACAAGAGGGAGCGGGAUGACUUCUUCUGCUAUGGAGUGGAUGAUGGAACUGGUGUGAUAAACUGCCUCUGCUGGAAAAGUGAGCUUUUUAAAGAUAAAGAUGAUGGCGCUGGGGCGGCGCCUGGACCCUCGGAUCCGACAGUGUUUGACCCGGUCGCUGAGCUGAAGAAGUUGAAACAAGCCCAGCAGAAACGUUGCCGCCUGGAGAUCGGAGAACUGAUCCGAGUCCGCGGGCCGGUGAAGACAUCCAGGCAGCAGAGAGAAAUAACAGCUUCUGUUUUCUAUAAGGUGGAGGACCCACUGAUGGCGGAACAGAUCCAGUGGAUGAUGGACGUUCCAGAGCUCUACAGAGAGUGUUAUGACAAAACGUUUCAGCUGCAGUCUGACAAACAAGGGGAAUCGGCCGACAGUCCCCUCAUCAAGGCCACGAACCUCAUCAAAGACUUCAUCAAGCAGAAGUCUGUGUCCAAGUUCAGAACGUAUGACGUCCUGGAUCUCCUGGAGCCUCUGAUCUCCAGGCAGCCUCAGGCAGCUUCUGCAGACCCGGAAGCUGCUGGUCCGUCUGGAUGCCAGCAGGUCCGGCAGCUUCUGAAAGAAGUCCUGAAGGUCUUACAGGAUGAGGGCGUCGUGUACCGCAGAGUCAAAACGCAGGACGAAGUCUACCAUGUGACUGAACGGGACAAAGAUCUUUUCAUAGUUGUGAAGGACAUCAUCAGGGAGGACUCCAAACGAGAGAAGUACUCGGAGAAAGGCUGCCACGUCCUGCACAUCCUGUCGGCGGUCCGGCAGCGACACAGCUUCAACGUCAGCAAAGCGGCUCUGGAGAUCGUCCUUAAAUCGCUCGUGUGCAACAGUGACAUCGUCAGCAGCAGCGACAAACAUUACACCGCGUUUUAAUGCAAAAUGUCGUCACUUUGACAGCUUUGUUCAGUAUAAUCACUGCAGAACUCCUGGUUGGACUUCUCAGUGUCUGUAAAACUCGCCUCUUUGGUGAAAUUUCCUGACAAAUGAAGAGCAAACAGAUGGCAGCGUGUGCCUGCUCUGAGGCCUUCAGGCUAAAACGUCUCCAGGGUUUCCACGAAGCCUCAUUUCUCUGCCUCCAAAUGCCGUCGGUGCAGCUUUUCUUUAAAAUAAUUAUUUUUAGCUCUCCAGGCGAUUUAAAGAGAAUGUGAAGCAGCACAGACAUCACCCCCUCUCCUCCUCCUCACGUCCAUCUGUCACCUCUUCACGAAGAACACAGGAAUUCUUCAGAAGUUCUGGAGGAGAAAAUGCUGCUAAAGACUGAUGCUCAACUUUGGAGUGCGGAAGAUACUGGAUUACUGACAAUAAUGUUAAAACCAUGUUGAUCUGAUAAUUGAAGCUUUGUUUUUCUCUGAAUAAAUAAAUAUCUAAGCUAUUUAAA